AACUACACGAGCUUCGCGGAAUGCGAGACUGUCGGAGCUUGAGCUGAUUAGGAAAUUCCGAUGACAGUGUCGUUCGCGGCGCGCACCAAUCGUGCUCGUGGAAUCAUCGCUCAUCCGAAGAGGGGCUGGAUUCAGGCUGCCUUUACCAAAAUCCUUGUGCGCAGAAAGCUGCGGUUUGGAAUGAUCGAUCAUGCAGGCGCAUGGAAAGCGGAUAUGCGUGAAACACAUCCCAUACGCCUCGCGCGUCCAGAUGGAAAACCCUAAGCCCUACUGCAUCAGCUCUUAAGAUGUCACGUAGUCCAACAAGUAUGAUGAUCGCCACCGACACCCAAAGUAGCACUAGACUAGAGGUGGCCGGGAACGACAACCUAUCAGUUGCGAAUUCAAUCAAACGACUUGAGCAUCUUGGGAAACUCCAAAACCCUGCAGGGCCCCACCACAAAGAUCCAAAACGGCACCUCCAUUGGCCGCCCAAAUCCGGGCCCACAUCGGCGCAAAAUAUCGCAUCGACCCACAUGACUCAACCACGAGGUGGAGAGCUUUAAUUCGAUCAAGCAGCGUGAGAUACUCUCUACAGGCCACUUGUCGAAAAAAUUGAUUUGUAUUGCGACAUCCCCGCCAAAUAUCGUGGAGUGCGGGGUCUAAUCUUCCAGCCUUGCCUUCCUCGACUCCUGCCCCGCUUUGCAUGCUCCUCGCCUCUAUGGGACCAUGACACACAGUUGUUCCUUUUCUUGCUGGAACUUCCGAGACUGAUUUAUUAUUAUUAUUAUUUGCUUGCUUGCUUGCUUGGUAAGCCUGCCCCUGCUCCAUCUGUCGCGCGCACGAGCCACAGCCACUGCAAAGAUAUUAGCCUCUAAUCCAUGUUCGAUGCCCGUGUUUUCUUCUUGGCUGGAGCUGCAAACUAUUGCAGGUACGGAGGGAUUUGGUGCGUGUGGGGUUUAGAGGGCGAAUCGAAGCAGUGGGAGGAGAAGAAGGGAAUGAAACAAAGAGGACAGGAUACCCCACACAUAAUAUUGGAGUUGCAAUGGGAUAUGUAGGCGGGGAAAAUGCAGCGGCAGGAGAAUGCAGUGUGCGGAUGUGGGGGUAUUUGCCGGCCGCGUCACCUCAGCGAACGCCGCUGUUGCAGCCCACACCGGUGCCAGUAUCAGUGCUGAACGAUCCGCUCAAGACAGUCUGCAAUGGCGGAUGUGGCUUUGGAAUAGCCAUCUCUGAAUCUGGUAACCUUAAUACAUGGGGUUCUACUACAGACCAUGGACAUUGCUACUUAAUCUCUGGCAAACAACAGGAAGUUCCCGAGCUGUAUCCUUUGCCAACAGACUCGCCCAUCGUUCACGCUGCCGGAGGCUGGGCACAUUGUGCAGCUGUUACAGGCUGCGGUAUGCUCGCAGGAGACGGGGAGGUUUACACUUGGGGUUGGAGUGAAUGUGUUUCCAGCUUAAAGCUCAACAUUGCGGAUGACAGCGCCGAACCGCAGAGGAAUGACUUAUCCCCAGAUGUUCCAAUAACGACCUCGCAGUCACCUUUACGACUUACUGGGGGAUUGCUGGGAGGCACCAAACCUACUGGCAAGCAAACUCUUCGAAACUUGGCGUGCAAAACUACUGGAAGCGACGGUGCAGAAGAAGUAAUAAAGAGAAGAAAGGUUAUAACAAACAGUGCUGAAGGACAAUCGCCUGAAGCAUCCGAAGAGAAUGCUUUUGCUCCACCUUGUUUGGUAAAACUGGAUCCUGGCAUCAGAAUCAGUUCAGUUGCUGCAGGAGGACGCCACACAUUGGCUCUGUCAGAUGUAGGUCAAGUUUGGGGAUGGGGUUAUGGAGGUGAGGGCCAACUUGGAUUAGGCUCCUGCAUCAGGAUAGUGUCAUUUCCACAGCACAUACCUUGCUUCAAUAUGACGGACACUGGUAAUGCUAGAAGUGGAGUUCCUAUUCCUGGGAGCUACAUAAAAGCAAUUGCAUGUGGAGGCCGUCACAGUGCUGUCAUCACAGAUACUGGAGCAGUGUUGACAUUUGGAUGGGGUCUCUAUGGCCAGCUAUUUGAAACUUAUCCCACCAAACGGAUUGGCCAAGGUAGUACUGAAGAUGAGCUGAGCCCUAGUCAUGUGUCAACACUGCAAGGACUGAGCAUUGUAGGCAUAGCAGCAGGCUUGUGGCACACACUCUGUAUCACUAAUACUGGAGAUGUCUAUUCUUUUGGUGGAAACCAAUUUGGUCAACUUGGUGUGGGUGGGAAUAAUGCUGAGUUGUCUCCAAGAUUGAUUGAUGCACCACUUUUGGGAGAUGAAUUGUCUGUGGCUGUUGCCUGUGGGGCACGCCACAGUGUUGUGCUAACAGGAUCAGGAAAAAUCUUUGCAUGGGGUUGGAACAAAUAUGGCCAAUUGGGUUUGGGUGACUGCAACAAUAGAGAUUUGCCAAUGCAAGUAACAAUGAAUGAUGGUGGGCGUGCAGCUAGCAUUGCCUGUGGAUGGUGGCACACACUUGCUUCUGUCCGUACCAAGUGAAUUCAAAGGCAACAAAGAAUGGAAAUUUUCUCAUUCAAUUUGGCUCUCUUGUGCUUGAUUUCCUUGAAACUUUGCUCAGGGUUGGAGGUUAAGUCUUUUAUUUUCAUUUUUCAUACUAGCUAGUUUUAACACCUCUCUCUUUCAUGUUGAGUUGCUCAAAGGGAACACAUGAGAAUUGGAUCCUUGGAAGCAAUACAGAGGUUUUUUUUGAGUCUUUAGUAACAUUCAAUAGAAGCAUGUGUGUGCAUAUAUUCAUCUUACAAGUAAUAGCAGGUUUUGGUCCUAGUUGGGUGGGGGGUUUGAACUGUUAAAAUAUGUUGUUUUUUGUCUUUUCUAUGUAGCAAGAAGGGAACCACAAUCCAGAGCUGAACACAGUAAUGCUAUUUGUUUUACCAUGUUCUAGACUAUUACCUUCUUCAAUAAUUUCUUCAAUAGCACUACCUACACAGAACUCUGAAUUC